UUUAUUUAUUUAUUAAUUUUUAAGAUUUCUAUUUUCGUUUCGUUUCAAGGUGAAACGGUGAAAAAUUUCCCCUAUCCUGUAGUAUUUUUAAUUCUGUUGAGUUGAUGAAUGGGAUUGAGGAUUAUGGGGAUAAUAAUCGUUUCAUGUAGUCUUUGCUUCAAACUAUUUUAGUUGAGCACCGUAAUCCAUAUAUUUUAGUUUGGGGAAAUCGGUGUUUUGCUUUUUCCCUUUUAGUUUGUGUUUAUUUAUGUUCGGAACCGUCCUUGUAUUAUUCUAGUGCUGGCCGGUGUGUUAUGCUCACAUGGUUUAAGAAAAAGGAAUCCAGGCUUUAAAUUCAGCAAAACUGGCUUUUAAUAUUUGUCUUGGUAAAGAAAAGUGGUGCAAAUGGUGAUGUCAGCAGAGGAUUUAAUUUGUAUCUGAUUUGGCGUUGUUCAUGUAUCAGGGUCUCUUUAAUGGAUGAUGUCCCUUGCGAAGCAAAGGUCAUCCCCAAUCAUUCUCGAUUUCCAACAUCAGGUGUAGAAUCUGUUUAACAAAACCUGGAACUGCUAACUCUUUUUGGUACUUCAUUAGGAGUGUUUGAUUGUAUUUGAAUUCAACCACUCGAUAAAGCUUACACGGUAAAGCCUACUUUAGGUCUCACUGACAUCUAUUGACUUGAAGAAUAUUAAGGAUAGUUUCCAUGUUCAAAUUGUUUACUCUUCCGAGGCUGUCAUGGAGCUCCAGUAAUGGUGGUCAGGAAAAGGUAGUGCUAACAGUUGCUGAGGUAGAGUCACUUCGAUCAGAACUUGCUGACAUAGAAGAGAGGGAAGCUCAAUUGAGAGCUAGGUUGGACAAUAUUGAUGAAACCUUGCGUUCAGCUCGUCUAUGUGGCUAUUUGUACAUUCGAAAAAGAUGGGCAGCACUUCCAGGUGAACUUCCACCUAUAGAUGACAUUGACAUAGAUGAUUGGCUUCCUCGCUUUGUUGUUCUUUAUGGUGCAUGUCUAUACAUAUAUUUGUUGUGUACAGAUCUAAGUCCUCACGACUCAACACUUCUAUCAGAUGUUGUUGAAAUUGACCAACUACCGAGUUUUAAGCGUGAAGAUGAUGAGACGCGACACGGCUUUUAUAUCUUAACUCGUCAUGGUUUACGAUAUGAAUGCUCAAGCAGUUCUAAAAUACAGGUGGACUCGUGGUUAUCAGCUUUAGACGUUGACUGCAAAUUGGAAUCUGAUUCAUCAAAGUCUGAUAGUUCAAUACACUUGUAACAUUGCACCUUGUUUGGUGAAUUCAAGAUGACUUGAAAGCUAACGAGUAAAUAUGUUUUUGUUGUUUACAUUUUUGUUUUUGUUGUACAUAACAUAUAAGUAGCAGUAAUUGAAUAAAGACAGAUCAUUUUGUCA